GCGCGCAGCGGAAGGUAGAGGCAGCUCUUCACCUGGAGACACCCCGGAGCGCAGCCUGCCUUCCCAGCCCGGCCCGCCGGCUGCACCCCCAGCUGACCGUGGCCCCACGCAUGGCCCCACUGCCGCCAAGUCCCGUGCCCACAUGCCGUUCUUCGAGGCACAGACACGUGCUCUCCCUUGCUCCCCAUCAUGCCAGGACGGCUCCUUCCGGAACGAAGGGGAUGCUCGCUGAGACCCCGAGCUCGAGUCUGGCCCGCGCAAGGCCCGGCCAGGGACUAGCCGUCUGCGCCUGGCACCCCAAGGGUUUCUGAGGACGCUGUUGCAGACACCUCUGCUCGUGGCGAGCUGGCUGCGUGGGGAGCCUGACCCCAGGGCAGGGAGCCCUGCCUGCUAGCCACAGCCCCUCAAUGGUGCCCACACUCUGACCCUGGAGGACAGACGGGAGGGAGAGGGGCGGGAAGCCAGGCCAUGGCUGCCCCCAGGCCCCACAUGGGCCCCUGAGACCUGGAAGGCGAGAGUCGUUCUGGGGCGUCAGGGCCUCUGCUCACCGCCCGGCCCUCCCUUCUCCCCUUGGGGGUGCCAGGAGCCAUCACCCUGUUGGCUGAGUGAUUAGUUUCAGAGCCUGGACUGAGCUGGUCAGCUGCAGCAGGGUCCAGAGGGAGGCGAGGCCAGCCCCGAAGAGUGCCCAGGCACUCCCUCCCCACCCUCUGCUGGCCAGCGGCCCCCCCAGCUGCGGCGGGCCCUGACCCAGCGGUGCUAGGGGCAGAGGGCACCCACUUCCGGGAGGGGAUGCCCCGAAGGGUGCCCUUCCAGCCGGCUACCCCGCCCCUCAGGCCUGCGCCUGAGCCCACGUGCUCCCGCCCAGCGCCCGGCGCAGCGCCCCCCACAGGCCACCCCCGUCAUGGCCGAGCACCUGGAGCUGCUGGCCGAGAUGCCCUUGGUGGGCAGGAUGAACGCACAGGAGCGUCUGCAGCACGCCCAGCGGCGCCGCGCCCGGCAGGUGAAGCUGUGGGCCCAGGCUGAGAAGGAGGCGCAGGGCAUGCGGGGCCGCGGAGGGCCACCCCCAGGGGAGGUGGCCAGCAUCCAGCCACGGAGGCGCGUCCUCUUCCCCCCCAGUGUGGCCUUGCUGGAGGCCGCUGCCCGCAACGACCUGGAGGAAGUCCGCCAGUUCCUGGAGAGCGGGGUCAGCCCUGACCUGGCCAACGAGGACGGCCUCACAGCCCUGCACCAGAGCUGCAUCGAUGACUUCCGGGAGAUGGCACAGCAGCUGCUGGACGCUGGGGCCACGGUCAACGCUCGGGACAGCGAGGGCUGGACACCCCUGCAUGCUGCAGCCACGUGCGGCCACCUGCAGCUGGUGGAGCUGCUCAUCACUCGGGGCGCUGACCUCCUGGCUGUGAACACGGAUGGAAACAUGCCCUAUGACCUCUGUGAGGACGAGCAAACGCUGGACUGCCUGGAGACGGCCAUGGCCGACGGCGGCAUCACACAGGAAGGCAUCGAGGGUGCGCGGGCCCUGCCAGAGCUGCACAUGCUGGACGAUGUGCGGAGCCUGCUGCGGACUGGGGCUGAGCUGGAGGCCCCCGGCGACCAUGGGGCCACGCUGCUGCAUGUCGCCGCCGCCAACGGGUUCGGUGAGGUGGCCGCCCUGUUGCUGGAGCGCGGCGCCAGCCCGCGCGCCCGGGACCUGGACGGCUGGGAGCCACUGCACGCUGCGGCCUACUGGGGCCAGGUGCACCUGCUGGAGCUGCUCGUGGCGCACGGGGCUGACCUGAACGCCAGGUCCCUGAUGGACGAGACGCCCCUGGACGUGUCCGUGGACGAGGAGGUGCGGGCCAAGCUGCUGGAGCUGAAGCACAAGCACGACGCACUCCUGCGCGCCCAGGGCCACCAGCGCUCUCUGCUGCGCCGCCGCACCUCCAGCGCCGGCAGCCGGGGGAAGGUGGUCCGGCGGGUGAGCCUGACGCAGCGCGCCAGCCUGUACCGCAAGGAGCACGCCCAGGAGGCCAUCGUGUGGCAGCAGCCGCCGCCCACCAGCCCCGCGCCGCCGGCGGACGACGAGGACGGCCGGACAGAUGCCGAGCUGCGGCCGCCGCCCCCCGAGGAGGACAGCCCCGAGCCCGCCAGGCCGCACAACGGCCGAGUGGGCGGCGCCGCGCGGCACCUGUACUCCAAGCGGCUGGACCGCCGCGUCUCCUACCAGCUGCCCGCCCUGGACAGCGCCGCCCCCGACGGCCCCCACCGCGCCAGGGCCCACCACACCCUGGCCGAGCUCAAGCGCCAGCGCGCGGCCGCCAAGCUGCAGCGCCCCCUGCCCGAGGGGCCCGAGGACGCCGAGCACCCCCGGGCCACCUCGGGGGCUGCGGGAGAGCCCCCCCUGCUGAAGCUCACAGCCCCCUCGGAGGAGACCCCCGCGGAAAAGAGACCCUGCUGCCUCCUCAUGUGAGGGGCGCCCAGGCCGGCUCUGGACCCGUGUGUGCGCCGCGCCCGGCCCGGCGCCGCCCUUCCGAGACCUGAUAAAGGGCGUCCCGCCACAUUCCUUGUCGCGUGUCUCUGGGGCAGCG